AUAUCCUUCGGUUGUGCACUUCUGCCUCAGUCCACCACUGCACCAAGCUGAAAUAUUCGUCGCAAGUCAGUCAAACUCUGAUACCCAGCAAACAUGUCUGAUAAGCCAAAUCUGGAGGAGGUCACCAGCUUCGACAAGACCAAGCUGAAGAAGACCGAGACUCAGGAGAAGAAUCCCCUACCAUCAAAAGAAACCAUUGAACAGGAGAAGCAAGCCUCAGCAUCGUGAAGAUGGAACCUCCACCAUGCACUGUACAUUCCACGAGCAUUGCCUUCUUUUUUCACUUCUUUUAGCUGUAUAACUUUGUAACCGAAAACCUAAGUUGCAUUGUGAUUGGACGAAAGCAGAUGACUGUGCAGCCCCCCACCCCCUACCCCCACACCCCCACCCACCUCUACCUAGCCCUGAGCCCCUUUUUACAGCAACGUUGAAAGAAAACUACUGACCGGCGGUCUGUACAGAGAACCUGCCGCCCGUCCACGAAUCACGGCGCAGCUGGCCUCAGUUCCUGUUCGUAUCUCCAGACAUCUUGCCUGCUUCGAACACCUCCGCAUGGCAAAAAGAGGAAGAGAUAGGGCGUGGCUGACAAAUCCAAGAACUCACGUUCUCCACCUAUGAAUAGUGUGGCUUCUGGCAACCUGUAAAAUGCUUUUCAAAUUGGGCAGCGUUUUGUUUGCAUUAUUUCAAUUCUUGGAAUGCACAUUUUGUUUUGAUAUGCAAAUAAAAAGUUAAAACCCAUUACCAUCUGUGGUUCCAUUUAUGGAUUUUAUAUAUGUAUCCUUUAUGCCCCGAGAAUGGAAAGAGGAGGAAGACUGGAGCCAUCUGGGCCACACCCAUGAGGAGUGGGCAUGUGUAUUUUCAUCCGCACUUUUAAAUUGCUUUGAACCAUUUUUUACAAUGUAUGAUUUCGGAUAAUGUCGGAGAAUUGUUUCAGUGUGUGAAGAGAGUACUGGGAAUUUAUUGGAAUUCAUCUAAAAAAAUAGAUCACAUUGUUUUCUGGAGUUUACUGUAAAAAAAAUAUUCUUUUGAAGAAUAUUGUAAACCCCAAAAGGUAAUAAACAUUUUUCAUUAUUAUACA